AUGCAUUGCUUACGGUUUCUAUGUCGACUGCUAGGCAAAGGCCGCCACCAUCACAGGGACCACGACCAAGAUAACCCCAACGCAGUUAUUCUCCAGCUUCCGCUAGACCUUCUCCUCCUUAUUACUGAUCAACUGGCUUUACAUGAUAAAUUCCUCCUUUCACACACCUGUAAAACACUUCGGCAGGUUACAUGUCAAGACUGGGCUAUCGAGGUCUCGCGACUCUCCUUUGAAGAUCAGAUUGGGUUUUGGGCAGGGCUGGCCUACAGUUUACCAAACCGCUGGGCCUGUCUGAAAUGCUGUCAGCUGCAUCCUAUUGAUACCUCAGAUGUGCCACGAGCCUACUGGGCCAUUAGUGCUAGGGAUGUCCCUUGCACCGUUGACAUGUCUCGAGGAGUUGAAAUCGAAGCGUACUCUGUCCAGCACUACCAUGUACAGUUUGCCCUCAAGCUCUCUCGCCUGGGCAAUAUACACCGGAGAUAUCUCAAGGCACUGAUGAAACCUUAUACGUGUACGAGGAAAUCACCCAUACCGCCACUUGCAGAGUCUUAUACCGCAGAGCCCAGGAUUAUCAAUAAACGCUUUAUCCUACGUGAAGAGUGGAAGUUUCGCAAUAAUACCAGUAGUGCUAUACCAAUUUUCCCGGACGAACACGACUUAUUUCCCUCAGUCUGCCCGCACAUGGACAUGUUGUAUGGCGGGCCUGCGAGGUCUCGCUUUCGGAAGGAAUCGUCUAUUCGUCAGAUGGGUAUGCGGCAGCUCGAGGAGCACGUCCUGCUUAAAGAAGUUACUUUGCUUGAGGAAGGCAUUGCUUCAGCUUGCGAAUCCCCAGGCCAGUGGAUAUUCAAUUCUUGUCUGCACUGUGCUACAGAUAUCGCAGUUAUGAUUUCUACAGAUGAGCGAGAGGGAACAAUCCGGGCUUGGCACGAUUUUGGGAUAGAAGGGUCACCUAUGGAUAUUAGUUGGAAGGCACAUGUGAGAGAUCAACACGCAUAUUGGCUUGACCUAGGCCCUUAUCUGGAUUAUCCUCAUGGUAGUAUCCGGGAGUUAUGGUUAGAGGGAGCCUCUCAUGGGACGGGGACUGGUCAGUCAACGCUACGGAGCGUCUUUAAGAAGCCGAUAGAUGGCCUGAGUAAAGUAUAG